UCCGCGGCUUCCGUCCCUUGGCGCCCCUCGGCCGGGCUUUGUGUGGGUUCUCCUGAGGGAAAAGGCGAAGAGAGGGAAGGAGCGAGGAGGCCGAAGGGGAGCGCCUCGGGUUUUAACAAGGUUACAUGCCUUCCGCCUUCCUUCGCCGCCGGCGGGACACGGGUUCGGUUGUCUGAGAUUUUCCUCUAUCUUGUGAAGGGCUUUGACAUCAUCAAUUGAAUGUCCUUUGUUGGUACCUGAACAACCUGGAUAUGUUGCCAAAAUAUCUCCAAAUGGUUUUAUAGUUUGAACCAAUGAUCCUUCUGGAUGUAUAUUUCUCUCUUCAAGAAUUAAGUGCAAAGUCCAAAUCCUGAUUUCUGGCAGAUAUUUUUAUUUUAAGAACAUGGACCAUCUUACUAGGGAGAAAGAUGAUAGGAGAGCAUCAAAAGCAAAUCCAGGAAGAAGUACACAUAGUUCCCGGGGAUCAAGUUCAUCUUCGGCUACUGGCGUUCUUAUGGUUGGGCCGAAUUUCAGAGUUGGCAAGAAGAUAGGCUGUGGAAAUUUUGGGGAGCUCAGACUAGGCAAAAAUCUUUAUACAAAUGAAUACGUAGCCAUCAAACUGGAACCAUUAAAAUCACGUGCCCCACAGCUGCAUUUAGAAUAUAGAUUUUAUAAACACAUUGGAUGCACAGUUGAAGGCUUCCCACAGGUAUAUUACUAUGGGCCAUGUGGAAAGUACAAUGCCAUGGUUCUUGAGCUCCUUGGUCCCAGUUUGGAAGACUUGUUUGAUCUCUGUGACAGAACAUUCACUCUGAAGACUGUCCUUAUGAUAGCAAUCCAGCUUAUCACUCGGAUGGAAUUUGUGCACUCAAAGAACCUCAUUUAUCGAGAUGUCAAGCCAGAAAACUUCCUUAUUGGUCGGCAAGGAAAUAAGAAAGAACAUGUAAUUCACAUAAUAGACUUUGGAUUGGCCAAGGAAUACAUUGAUCCUGAAACACAAAAACACAUACCAUACAGGGAACACAAGAGCCUAACUGGAACAGCUAGAUACAUGUCAAUCAACACACAUCUUGGCAAAGAACAAAGCCGGCGUGAUGACUUGGAAGCCCUUGGACAUAUGUUCAUGUAUUUCCUUCGAGGCAGUUUGCCAUGGCAGGGCCUUAAGGCUGAUACACUAAAGGAGAGAUACCAGAAGAUUGGUGAUACUAAAAGGAACACUCCAAUAGAUGUUCUCUGUGAGAACUUCCCCGAGGAGAUGGCCGCUUAUCUUCGUUAUGUCAGACGAUUAGACUUCUUUGAGAGACCAGACUAUGAUUACUUACGAACAAUCUUCACAGAAUUAUUUGAAAAGAGAGGAUUCACCUUUGAUUAUGCCUACGACUGGGUUGGCAGGCCAAUUCCUACUCCAGUGGGGCCCAUGCAGGUAGAAUCUGGGCCAUCUGUAACAAGAGAAAUCCAUCCACAUAGAGAUCGAUCAAUAGCAAUUCACCGAAAUCAGACUUCAACAGAACGCCGAGGAGAAUGGGAACCUGCUGCACCACGGCAGGCCAAUGCUUUGUUUCUGACAACUCACUUGGCUUCUGAGCGGCAUGGGGGAUCAGUUCAGGUGGUAAGUUCAACCAAUGGUGAGCUGAACACUGAAGAGGCAACAGGAGCACCCUCCAAUUUACAACUUGCAGCACGCGCUGAGGUGGAAGUAGUGGAGGAAGCUAAGUGCUGCUGCUUCUAUAAGAGGAAAAGGAAGAAGUCUUCCCAGCGCCAGAAAUGACAGGUGUCUCCUUGAAAUCUUUGGGGGACUUUGUUUACCUGCUGUUCCUGCCACGUCUUAUUGAAUGGGGCUUCUCUUGGGGAGAGGACAAGAAACAAGGGACAUUUUAAAACCAAAAAAGAGAGAGCGAGAGAGAGAGAGAGGAAGGGGGGGAUUCCAAAAUAAACAUUCAGGUGGAUUUCCUAAAUGUUCUCUGUUGCUCACUACACGUCUGAGGCUCCUUUUGAAAGUGGGACUGCAUCCUCUCAGGCACUGGUUGCCCUUGUUGGAAGGAUGGCUGGCUACCUUCCUUCCUUUCUGUACAACAGUUCAACAAAGGGAGCAUUCCUGGUGAAUGUGCUUUGUUCCCGCUCCCUUUCUCUUUUUUUUCUCAGUAUGCUUCCCUGCCACCAGCUGUGAAGAGCUUUUUGAACUGUAGACUCAAGGUGGUGGUGGAGAGGAUGGUCUUGUGAGGGUCCAGUUCCUCUUCCUCCAAAUGGCUUAGUUUUCAGCUGCACUGUCAGCAUAGACCUGAUCCUUCUUGAAUUGCACUCCACCAAAUUCCAUGAUAGUAAGCCAACAGCAAGAGAAUUGCAAUCUACUCUUCCAGUUGCCUUGAUUUACUGGUUUUUGUGAUGUCACCCUUCUCAGAAUGAUUAUGGAGAAGUGUCAGUUCUAAAGUGUCAGUUCUUGUUGUUGCACUUUUAAUUAUUUUUUAACAUUAUGUAUGCAUAUGCUGUAUGUGUGGGUGUUUUCUUGUGGGUGUGACUGAUGCCAGCACACAUGUUCAGCCUGUGUUUUGAGUGCAAAGCCUUCUUCUGAUUAUCUUUCUGCCACUUUGGAAUCCCCUUGGACUACUCUGAGGCUUUUAGAGCCCACUGUUGGUUGUGCACUGAAGCUUACUUGAAUUUUCAGCUGCCAUUUCCAGCUAUCAGUGGACAUCCUUCCCCCACCCCAUGUGUUUUUCCCCCCAUGGUGCCUAACCUAUCUUGAUUGGAACUGGAAGUUUUUUCUGCUAGCAGGUGAGAGAGAAGUCAGCUGGGCUGAACUCUGGGCAAGUCAUAGAAAUGCAAACUAGACUACCAUAAGAGGAAAUGAAGAGAAUGAGACAUUUCAACCAUUUAAAGGGAGCAAAGUUACUCUGUCAGGGAGAGGACACUGCUACUGCCUUAGAUGUCAUCUGUAACCAGAUCAUCCAGAGUUUCUCAGACCAUCUGUACAGAAUGGAAGAGCCCAUGGCUUCCAUCAGAGCAGCUCUUUUGUAUAUUACCUGCACUUCUUUCAGCUAGCAGUCAGGGCUGUGUAGUAAUGUGCCCCACAUUCCCAUUUCCCCCAAAAUGGGAGUACCCACUUUGAAUACACUCAGUCUUGUAUUUCAAGGCAUAGUUUGUGAAUUUCUUCAGCGCUUUAUUGGUUAUCUCUUGAAAUAAAUGCUGGCAAUUUAAGGAAUUUGACCCCAUAGGCCUGGACUUGGAUGUGUGCUAUCUGCAUCUUCUCAGGCACUUUCUGGAGUAGAAAGUAAAUGGUUUGUUCUCAGAGCUUCUGGUUUUGCCUUGUAAAACUUUCUAUCCUAUGGCUCAUAAAAGGUAGCACAAAACUUGAAUUUGGUUGUUACUGCAUCUGCCUCUUUGGAAAGGGAACUGUCUCCACGAUUGCAGCAUUCUGGCUUAUAGAGGAAGGGAGUGAGUGCUUCUUGCCUGAAUGAAGCAUCUGUUUGGGUGGGUCAGGGCAAGGAACUCCUCUACAGUGAUAGGUUUUUUUUUCCUUUCCAAUUUCAAAUAUUCAUUCAACAGUUAUAAAACUCUACUUAAUCCAAAAGCAUUGUCUAAAUAUAAAGGAAGUUGCCACUGUUGAGUUACGGACUGUUUUUCUGUCUCCAGUCCUUGAGCCAAAUCAUAUUCUUGCCUUUUGCUCAUGACCUGUCUUUCCUAGAGCCGUGUAAUUCCAUUCUUUGAGUUCUGCCAGUUGCAUAUUCCCUACAUUUGGGAUGCAAUUUAGAAGCAUGAAGUCUCUUUCACUUCAGUCAUUGAUAAGAGUGACUAGUUUUUCUCCUUUGCAACGUAUUCAUCUUAAUUAUUAUCUAUCAAUUUCAGUGUUUCUCAUGUGACUUCUAAAACGAACCUCACUUUCCUCUCUUUCCAUGGGAAAACAUAAUUGAUUUCUCAGGUGGAGGAGAUGCAUGAAUUGAUGUUUCCAGCUUUGAUAAGUAUGGCAGCAUCUUAACUUCUCUUUCCUAAUUCCCAUAAACUACUUAGCACUCAUUCCAAAAUAGUAAAACUCCACUCGCCACAAUAAUCUGUUCCUCUUCCAUCAAGGAACAACUUGGAGUUUGCCAUCCUGGAAAGCUAUAUUUUAAACAAAAGCCUUGUCUUGAAAAAAUAAAGUGACCCCCCCUUUCCCUUUAGAAUUAUUUUUGAGAGCAUGCAAGUAAAUUUAUAGUUUAAAAGGUUUUGUUUUUGGGCCAUUUUUUCAUUGUUCAAGGGAUCAAAUUUUUUAUGAAUGAGGUUUUUAAAAAAUGCUUAUGUUCAUAGGGAAAAUAAAAGCAUGUACUGAAGACGGGCUAAUAAACAGGCUGAUGCUCUUCUGAAAGCAAAUACAUGAGAAAAAUGAAUUGCUGUGGUGCUCCAUCUAGAUCAGAGGUGGAAAUAAUGCUAUCUUCCAGAUAUUGCUGGAGCGCAACUCUCAAGAUUAAUCACUAUUGGUUGUUCUGGUUAAUGUUGAUGGGAGUUGCAGCGCAACUGCGUUUGGAGGGCUAUAUUAUUCUUACUUCCUCUUCUGGUUUUUUUAGAUCCACUGGAUUAGUUGUGCUCUUGAAAGGAAUAGAGAAAUCAGCUUAAUCUAGGCUUCCCUCCUGUCCCACAAAUUAGUAUUUCAGCUGAUGGAUAGCUGCAUGACAGUGGGGAAUGUGUGCAAAAAUUCUGCGUCCAUUUCUUAAAGAAGGCCUUCCACUUGUUCAGUGCUUCCUUUAUAAGAGUUUUAGCAUGAGAGCUGGUUUCCCUGAAAUUACCAGCAUUAACCUGAAGGUUCUUGGAGUUAUUGUGAUCUUUCUCUGAAAUGUAGUGAUCCAUUCAAAGAACAGUAAGCUAUAAAAUUGCUUCCUUCUCCUCCUUGCUUUACAGCAUAAAGUUAGCUUUUUUGAACAGAACACUGCAGCCAAUCAUCUUCUUUUCUUAGUUCAUAUGAGUGCCAAUGUUGGCAAGACAAAGCAAGCAUCAUUACCAGUUGUUUUGAAGCUUAAUUUGGGGAAGCCAGAAGUAAAAUUAAGCAGUUUGUAUGCCUUCACUACAGUUUUGUGUGUCUUCUCAGAUAUUAUAGGCCAAAACUGCUAAAUAAGUCCAGUCAUCAAGAGUCCUGUGUUCUCUGCUAACUGGACCUUUUAUGUGUCCUGUUUUGAUGGGAAGGAAGUAUCAGCAUGUUGAUGUUCCUGCUAAAUACAAAGAUGGCUCGAACAAGGUAUUUAAAGAUGGAUCUUCCAAGACCAUCAUCCUCUUUUAUCACUUGGAGAGGUAGAUGCUGUACUUGGGCCAGGAGUCCCUUUUGCAGAUCAUUCAUGUUCUUGAAUUUUAAAUUAUUCUUCUCAAUAACAUGAUCAUAACUUUGCCAUUGUUGUUACCUUUUGAGGAAUGUGAGAGAUCUGAGUUGCUAAUAAUCUCCUUAAUCUCUACAAGUAGCUCCAGUGUAAAGUCAGCUAAACACGUGUACGUAAGUUCGACUUGCCACUGCCAGAAUUAAGGUAUUCUUAAAUGUUUGGUUGUUGGUUUGAAAACCUUUCUCUUCUUCCAUUAUUCACUGUUAAUUUUACUUUAAAAACAUCAUCAUCAUGAGCUGGUUUUCAAAGUUCCUCCACCAAAAAGCAUCAUUUUAAAAUUUGCCUUAGGGGCUUUCCAACCCCCCCCCAAAGGGACGGGCUAGAGGUGCCCAAUUUCCCUCCGGAGGGACGCCGCAGCAGCCAAACUGUGUGGCGUCCCUCUGGACCAAAAAGAACCUGGAAAAACUGGAUUCCUUUUGGCGCAUGGGGAUGAUGUCAUCAGUGUGCCAUUGGUGCACUGUGACGUGUCCACUACGUGCCCAAAGGUGUGGAUGCGGCAUCAUACUUGCAUCAUGCACACGUGCCACGUAUGGACGGCACCACAAAGAUGGCACCGUCCAUACAUGCUAGGGUUCUGGAGCGUGUGGAUGCUAUGCGCUCUGGAACCCUAAAAUUGGCCUGAGGUUUGCACUUCCCACCCGUCUGUCUCGGGCCUAACUCACUCUUGCUGUAAUCAUAAACAUGACUUAAAUGGUCCAUGAAUUACAAUAACUUCAGAGGUGGAGGAACACAUUUGUAUUGCCCCUUCUUCAUGAAUAGAACAUUUAGCACAUGGUCUACAAAUCUGUGUCGUCAGAGGUUUUGUGAAUGAUGUCUUGUUGGGGAGGAGAAACGGAAUAUGUCAUUCCUCUGAGUGUAUAUAAUUUGAAGACAGUGAUGGAAGUGAACGUCUAGAUGCACACCUCCUUAUAAAUAUGAAGCCAUAGUCCCUGCUUUGUCAAAAUAUUACUAAAGUUUCAAGAGGGAACAAAUGGUACCUUUUAUGCCUCAUUGCGUAUCAGUCCUUGAAGGGAAAUAGCAAAUCCUUUGCUUGGAGUGCUAAUUUUCCAUUAGUUUUUAGUCCUGGUAACUGACAAAAAUGAAAGUGCUUCCCUUUUUUCUUUUUCAUUUGGUGCGUCUAGACGUUGGCAUGUUGUCUAGAAGUUACAGGGCUGAAGAUUGUCAGUGUAAUUUGCCUUGUCAGGUAUUUGUAGUAUGCAUUUCUCAGAAAGCGAAUGGAAUGGAAUUGAUUUCUUAAAUUUCCCCUAAUAUUUUUUUAACUGUAGAUGAAGUGUAAAGGGGACUAUUGUCAUAUUAAAAUGAUAGGAACCACCAUUUCCUAUAUGAAAGCCUGGGAAUGGGAGGACAGAAAGGGAAAUCUUCCAGUAUCUGUAUGCAACAGGCCUUGCUCUGAGGAGGAGUAAGUAGAAGUGUCUCUGGAUGCCAACCUUCUAACAGUGAAGAAUCCCCCGUCUCUGACCAGGAUACCUUCUCCUCAGCUUCAUAUUGCAGUAGAAAUCUGAACUUCAGCAACUCAUAGGGAUGUCAUUCUGAGAUGCUACUUAGAAUAUUGCUGCACCUAUGAAGUGUGUGGUUUCCAAGAAGGACUGAGACGCUCAAACUGAGCAGGUAGCUGUAACCUAGAUUCCCGUGCCUGUUGUGAAUUUAGUAUGCCCUCCCAGGGAAAUGGCAGGGGCAUGCCGUUCAGCCUAUCUCAUUCAUUUAAGACUGUCUCAGGAAAAUGAGUGCUUUCCCCCCGCCCCUAAAUACAUGCUUUUCUAAACUGCGUAACUGCUGCAUGGUGUAGGCACAACCCUGUGGAAUUUGGAAUAGGUCGUAUUCUCCAGUUAGAAAAGCAAUUUUGCAGUGAUGGAGGGUAUCUUUGCAAUCACCAAGCGGAGAGGAAAAUUACCAGUGUGGGGGCAUGUGGGCCAUACCAAAAAAUGCAUCUUUCCCCAAAAAAGGGAAAUCGCAGUUAAGUGGCUUGUUCCCAUUGGAAACCUUGUGGUGUAUAAUUUAUUAUGUCUGUUUCUUUAAUGUAGGCCUUUUGUGCUUUUCAAAAUGGGAUGACUGGGAUAAUGAGUGCAACUCUUGUUACUGUAAAGGAAAAAAAAAUCAGCUGUGAAUUUUUUUUAAGUAUUGUGUGCACAUGUCUAAUUCUUGUUGAAAUGCCUUUUGAUUUUUUUAAAGAAAUGUUUUAUUUUUAACAUGUAAUGCAAUGUUUAAUUCACAUCAUCCUGGCACUGCUCUUGGAGCUUCGGCAGUGAACAUGCAACAUUGUAUUUUUAACAUGAAUGUCAAUUUCAAAUGCAUUUGAAAUGGUUCGACCAGGAUAAGGGCUUACAAAAUACCAUGCGCAGGAGGCACUCUCUUCUGGCACGGGUUGGAUUUCAAUUUGCCAGGAACUGGGUCCUGCUACUGAUCUUUCUGAUGUGCCUGUUUUAAUGGGACAUUGCAAGAAAAGUUGUGUACCUUAUACACCCUUCCCCUAUUUGCACCCUUUUAAUGUAAAAUAAACAUCAACUUUGCUCUGUU